ACAAACAAAGAUUGAGACUUGAGAGACGAGACAAUAAAGAUGAGUAGCGCAGGAAAAGGCAAAAAGGUGGUGUGUGUAACAGGAGCAUCUGGGUAUAUAGCUUCAUGGCUAGUUAAGCUUUUGCUCAACCAUGGAUACACUGUCCAUGCCACGGUUCGUGACCUAAAUGACCCGGAAAAAGUAGAGCAUUUGAUGGCAUUAGAGGGAGCAAAGGAGAGGCUGCACCUAUUUAAAGCAGAUCUGUUAGAGGAAGGAUCUUUUGACUCUGCUAUUGAUGGGUGUUAUGGCGUUUUUCAUACUGCUUCUCCUGUGAUAUUCAACGUCAAAGAUCCACAGGCUGAUCAAGUACUUGAUCCUGCAAUAAAGGGAACAAUCAAUGUUCUUACUGCCUGUAAAAGAGCUCAAACUGUAAAAAGAGUAGUUUACACAUCUUCAGUAGCAACAGUUCUGUUCAGUGGUAUCCCUGUAGCUCCCGAUGUGGUGGUUGAUGAAACUUGGUUUUCUAAAACACAGUUCAGCGAUGUGUACCCUGAGAUGAAGUGGUAUGUUACGUCAAAGAUAUUAGCUGAAGAGGCUGCAUGGAAAUUUGCUAAAGAGAACGAACUUGACUUGGUUGCUAUAAACCCAGGCAUGGUCAUUGGUCCUAUGUUGUCAUCAAAGCUAAAUGAAUCCGUAGCUGUUAUUUUUAUCCUGGUCAAUGGGGCACAAACAUAUAUGAAUGUGGCCUUACCAUGGGUGCACAUUCAAGAUGUUGCGGAAGCUCACAUUCGAGCAUACGAGCUCCCUUCGGCUAAUGGAAGGUAUUGUUUAGUUGAAAGUGUGGUACAUCAUUCAGAGAUUGUCGAAAUGCUACGUGAUCUCUACCCUACUCUUCAACUUCCUAACAAGUGUGCAGAUGAUGGACCACCAGCAAAAACAUAUCAAUUUUCCAAAACUAAAGCGGAAAGCCUUGGGAUUCAUUAUAUUCCUAUGAAAAUCAAUAUCAAGGAUACCGUUGAAAGCUUUAAAGAGAAAAAAUUAAUUAGUUAUAAUGGUACCAAAAUGAGUGGAAAAAUAGAAAUGAAGGUGGUAUGUGUAACAGGAGCAUCUGGGUACAUAGCUUCAUGGUUAGUUAAACUCUUGCUUAACCAUGGCUACACUGUCCACGCCACUGUUCGUGACCCAAAUGAUGAAGUAAAGAUAGUACAUUUAUUGAAUUUAGAGGGAGCAAAAGAGAGACUUCAUUUGUUUAAAGCAGAUUUGUUGGAAGAAGGUUCUUUUGAUUCUGCUAUUUCUGGGUGUCAUGGUGUUUUUCAUACUGCUUCUCCUGUUCUUUUCACUGUCAAAGAUCCCCAGGCUGAUGUGCUUGACCCUGCUGUCAAGGGAACCCUCAAUGUUCUUACCUCCUGUAAAAAGUUUCCUUCAGUAAGGAGAGUGGUUUUGACAUCUUCAAUGGCUGCCGUUUUGUUCACUGGAAAACCUCGAGCUCCUGAGGUUGUGGUCGAUGAAAGUUGGAUAUCUGAUCCUGAAUUGUGCAAGGAGUCAAGUAUUAUGUGGUAUACGCUUUCCAAGACAUUAGCUGAAGAUGCUGCCUGGAAAUUUGUCAAAGAGAAUGGUAUAGACAUGAUCUCGAUAAACCCAGCCAUGGUAGUAGGUCCUAUGUUGCAACCAAGUCUCAAUAGCUCUGUAGCUCCAAUACUAAACUUAAUUAAUGGGGCAGAAACUUAUCCAAAUGCAGCAUUCGGUUGGGUUCAUGUUAAAGAUGUGGCUACUGCACAUAUCUUAGCAUUUGAGGUCCGUUCAGCUUCUGGAAGGUACAUUUUGGCUGAGACUGUUGCUCAUUGUUCUGAAAUCGUGAAGAUUUUACAAGAACUUUAUCCCGCACUCACACUUCCAGAUAAGUGUGCUGAUGACAAACCUUUGGCUCCAACAUAUCAGGUUUCCAAAGAGAAAGCGAAAAGUUUGGGAAUUAAUUAUAUUCCCUUGAAAGUAAGCCUCAAAGAGACUGUUGAAAACUUGAAGGAGAAGGGCUUAGUCAGCUUUGCGCUUCAAGGGAGCAAUUGAAUGGCAUCACCAAUUUAAAGCAAAUUUGAAGGAGGAAGGCUCCUUUAACUCUGCAUUUGCUUGAUGUCGACUGUCGAGAUAUUUUCCACACUGCUCCAAUUCCUGUUAGUUCUAACCUGAAAGAUCUUAAGGUCCUGAGCUCUUUAUCUUCCCUUUUACCUUUCUAGUAGUUACUCACUUUUUUGGUUUCGUUAUUGUUUUACUUUAGUUUUGUUUUAGUGAACCUAAGUCUUUAAUUUCUUGUAUUGCUAUGAGUAAUUUGAUGAUUUGAUCAAUAUUUUCUUAAUUUAGUAUUAGGAGAAAUAAGCGCACACUCUCUCUUAAUACUAACUUUUCUUGAUUAGCUACUUAUGCUGACAAUAUUUGAAGGCUUCUCAUUGAGAAAUUAGACAUCGUUGUGUCAUAUGAAGGCAUAACAAGAAUAAUUGAAUGUCUCCAACUACUUGAUUAUAUUACAUGUUUAGUUGAUGGGCUACGACGAAGCCAAACAUCUUUUGAGGCAAUGGUUAAGUCUUGUAAGAACUUCAUUUUUCAUUUUUGUGGAACUACAACUUUUGUCACUUUACUCAACUUCAGAAUUUUGCAACAUGAUUGAUCAAUCACUUUGAUUUGCGAUGUUUGAUGCAAUUUAUCGGUUUUUCUGUGGCAGAAUUUUGAUACAUUUAUGCUUGUUUUUGGUUGCGCAUUCUGUUUCUGCAGCUGAUGUACUCUAUCCUGCAAUCAAGGAAAUGCUCCUUAGCUCUUGUAGAAUGCUUCCAACUUUAAACAGACGAUCCCACAAAAAUCGAGCACUUACUUGCACUGGAUGGUGCUGAGAAGAGGCUUCACUUGUUUGAAGCCAACCUCUUA